AUGUCUUUGUCCCAAACAAUAUGGAGGACCACUGUGGAGUAUUUUGAGCUAAAGCAGCUUCAGUGUUUUGCCAACAGGGAUACAACAGCAGCAGUAGCCCAGCAGGGGAUCAAACCCACAACCUUUUCAUUUUACUGUCCUCCACAGCAGGGAUACAACAGCAGCAGUAGCCCAGCAGGGGAUCAAACCCACAACCUUUUCAUUGUAAACCCAGUUCACCACUAUUUACCAGUUCUCUGGCCUCUCCCAGCCAGACUCAUUAGACUAUAUAAAGGACCAUCAGCUGGAACUUUCCACCUCACACACAAAGUUACUGUCCUCCACAGCAGGGAUACAACAGCAGCAGGGGAUCAAACCCACAACCUUUUCAUUGUAAACCCAGUUCACCACUGUUUACCAGUUCUCUGGCCUCUCCCAGCCAGACUCAUUAGACUAUAUAAAGGACCAUCAGCUGGAACUUUCCACCUCACACACAAAGUUACUGUCCUCCACAGAACUCAGACCAACACCCUUCUCAGCAUUAUGGGACUCCUUGGAGUAGCACUUGGGGCCGCACUCGGCACUGGUGCGGCCACCGUUGUGAUUCCAGUGGUUGUGGGAGCAGCGGGCUUCACGGCUGCCGGUGUUGCGGCCGGAUCCGUCGCCUCCUCCAUGAUGUCAGCAGCGGCGGUAGCCAAUGGGGGCGCAGUGGCUACUGGAUCUGCGGUGGCUGUUCUACAGUCAAUAGGGGCAGCAGGACUCUCUACCACAGCCUCUGCAGCAGUGUCAGGAGUCUGGGCGACUAUCGGAGCCAUCCUGAUCUAACCCUCGGCCUGCGAUCCCCUGGAUCCAUCCCUGAGGUGGACUCACCAGCCCAGCCCAGCGUACCCUUUCAACCCCAACUAAUAAUAUUUAGGAAAAUGUGUGCAGUUAGCACAAAGAGAAACCAAAACAACCUUCAUAAAGCAGUUAGUUGAAAUGAGUGUAAUGUUGUUCUGUUUAAAUAAAUAAUUAAUUCACUAAGCA